AAUGCGCAGUAGGUGGGGGCCGUUGGAGGAGAAGUACUUCUCUUGACGCGGCACGGCAUGGUGCUUUCUACUGUAUGCUCAGUUGCUUAGUUUGAAAAACACUCGUUAGAAACCGAAUUCUUAAUAUAAUUCUUGGUAUAUUGGGACUUGGUAGAAUACUUGGCAUACAUAUUAUUUAUAUUUAUUUAUACUUAUCUAGUGAAUCAGAUACAUGGAUCGUGGCAAAACAGGAGUUGGAAGAGCUGGCAAAAGUAAAAUUGCUCAGCAUCCAUCAGAUUUAUUUGCAUUAGGAUCAAAGAGUUCACGGAAUGAAAGUUCUGAUGCUAAAAAUAGACCAGGUGUUGUUCAUACAAAACCAAGUAGUAGUUUGACAACUUCUGGCAGUGAUAGAAAAAAAGAUGCACCUUCAGGAUCAUUACAGUCAUUUCAAUAUAUACCACAGAAAAAACCUAAGUUAGCAGGUCAUGUUGGUCCUCAUCGACCACCUUUCCCUAGUGCAGAAGCUUGGGAAGUUGUAGCUAUAGACAGUGAUCCUGUUGACUUUGUACCUAUGACACUUGAAGCCAAUGAGAAUGAUGAAGGUGAUAAAGUUAUAGGCAUAAUAUGUGGUGCUGUAAAAACACUGAAGAAUCAGAAAUGGAAGCCUGAGAUACUGAUCUACAUGGGACUAUUAUUUAUAGCAAAAAUUCGCCCAUCUAUUUUCUCGAAUGAUUGUAUAUUACACGCAUUGUCAUCUCUCUUAAAGAGAGACCAAAGUUAUAAUUUUAAAAGCAAGGGAAAUGCAUUGGUUCCUGUAUUAGCCGCAAAUCUUCUGAUGAAAGGAUUCUGUGAUAAAAAGAACUGGCCAGAAAUAUUCGUAAAGCUAUAUACGGACGAUGCCGUCGGGGAACGUGUCUGGAUUGAUCACGAAGAAUGCAAAGGUUUUGUCGACAAUAUAAUGACUGGUUUCAACACAAGACAACCACCUAAAUCUGCACUUCAGUCCGAGUUUCCGGUAUUAAUGCCGCGAGACUGCCAAAGCCCCUCUACAGUAGAUGACGAAGAUCCGACAACCUCGGCAACAUCAUUAUCUGCGGACAAGGAAAAAAUAGAGUUCACUGUUAGUCCGCGAUAUACACAUUGCAUAGAGAACGUAGAGUCCAUAGUAUUGGAAGCAGUAAAAGAACAAUUAAAUAGACGCCAACCAGAGACCAUUACGAGAAACUUUUUGAAACUGCUCUCUGCGACGUGCGGCUUUGUUGAGAUCAGAAAUAUUGCUGUUGCCAGAUUAGAAAUGUGGUUGCACAAUCCUAAAUUAAUGAGAACCGCUCAAGAAGUGCUUAGUUACGUGUGUUAUAAUUGUACAACACACACUCAAAGGGAUGUCGAAGUAAUAAGUCAAUUGGUGAAGAUGAGGUUGAAGACAAAAGCUGUAAUUAAUAUGUACUUGAACGGUGUCAAAGAACUGAUAGGACUACACCCGGAGAAUUUAGCUACUAUGCUGAAACAUACGAUCUACAACGAAUUGUCAAACGCACGCAAUCCGAACAACAUGCCCAUGCUAGCGAUAAUGUUUCAAACGUUACCUGAGCAGGCGGCAAAGUUGCUUGCGGAGAUUUUUCAGGAGUUACUUAUGAACCGUGAAGAUUAUCUGAGGCCAUUGCGAGCGUUACUUCGAGAGAUCGUACGUGUGUGUAGGCAUGAUAUACAUCUCGUAGCUUUCGCACAAACACUUAUGUCCGAGAGAGCGGACUUGGCUCAGCAGUUAUUGACUUUCGAGUUUAAGGAUCGUAUGUUCAUGUCCAUAGCGGAUCUGCUAUGUCUUUGUAUGUUCAUGGGAAUAAGCCCGCAGGUAAAGGAAGCGAUAUCCUUAUCACAGCGCGCGGACAAGAAAGACGUCUCUCUGCUGACCAAUUUCCAUUCACUUGUGUCCACGAUACAAAUCGAGGCGAUACUGUGGUUACAAAACUCGGCACAGCAAAUGUAUGCUGUCGGGAGAAACGAUCUUCUACACGCGUUGCAAAAGAUCCUGUACCUGGAGCCUCAUGAGCAGUAUUACAAACUGGACAAUUGGCCGCCGGAGUCGGACAGAGCAUUUUACUUACGAUUGGUGUCCGACGUACCCUUGCUGGAGGAUACACUGUAUAGAUUGCUGUUAUUUGGCCUUUCGAAGGAGAAUAGCAUUACUCAUUCAGAGACGAUGGAGCUGACCGAUCAGUUGAUACGACGAGCCGCCGCUAGUUCGACAGAAAAUGUUUUGAUGUUACGUGUUGAAAAGACGCAGCUAGUCGAACUUAUCUUCAAUCUCUCGGUAUAUCAGCCCCCGGGGACGAUAAAUAUACCCGUAGAUUAUGUGCCACCGUCAUUAGCGAUAUCUAAUCUCUACUGGAAAGGAUGGAUAAUGAUAUUAAUUCUAGCUGCUCAUAAUCCAGAUACGAUAGGUGUGAGUGCGUGGAAAAAUUAUCCUAUUUUGAGAACGUUGAUGGAAAUGUGCAUUACUAAUCAUUUUUCAUAUCCACCGCCAAGUAUGGCUAUCCCGGAGAUUAUGGAACAAGAGCGUUCGAAGGAGCUGCAGGUCGAAGCUAUUGAGAAGCAGGAUAUAUUGGAAUAUGAGUCACACUUGGCCGCAGCGUCUACUCGAAUCCAAUUGUCCGAGCAGAACAGUUUCUUGCUGUCACAAUUGAUCUCUAUGGAUCCAACCGGAAUCGCCAGAAGGCCACCACCGGGCGUGCUGGAGCAGAUACAGCUGUUGAAUACCACUCACCGAUUGGGCCAUUUGUUUUGCCGAUCGCGUAAGCCAGAUUUCUUGCUGGAUAUUAUCCAGCGUCAACAGCAAAACACGUCGCAGAGCAUGCCGUGGUUGGCAGAUCUAGUGCAGAACAGCGAAGGUUCAUUAAGCCAGCUGCCGGUGCAGUGUCUUUGCGAGUAUCUACUGACUACUAGCCCGCAAACGGUCGAGAAGCAGCCUCGACAACAGCAACUUUUAACCCAUCUUCAAACAUUGUUGACUGACCCUGAUGAAGAUCAACAGCACGCUUAUGAAGUCCUUGAGUACUUUCUCAGGAGAUUAAGUAGCCAACAGAGUAGCAGUCGUCUACAAGCUAUCACUGGAUUGAGGAUGAUUCUUGAUACUAUGACUCUUGAUGACGAAAAUAUGGAUGUUGACGCAGAAAACGAGAGAGAGAAAUGGCUUCUACGAAAAUUGCCAUCCAUACCUCAUUUUUUAUCAGUACGUGGCUUGCUUUCUACAGCGUUGCGUAGUGCUUGCCAAGUCGAAAAUAGUCCUGAAUUGGUGCAAGCUUACAUCUCGUAUCUAGCAACACACACCGUCGAUGAUGAUCUACCUGAAUUAACCGACUUAGCCAAUGAAAUCUCUCAAUUGGUAGUUGAACGCAGCACAAUUAUCGCUGCCAUUUUACCGCAACCCGAAAGCGACAAUCAGCAAACCAGACAAACCCUGCAUGCUUUUAUGGCGAUUUUCUGUAAUUAUCUUCAGAAGGCUCGCUUGCCGAGACGAGAAGAUUAUCAAUGGUCAGAAAGUCAGGACCAAAUUCUCGUCCAAUGGAGCAAUGGAGAAGAAUGCACUAUGCAUAUCCUUGUGGUUCAUGCUAUGAUUAUACUGUUAACGUACGACACAUCAGAAGACGAUUCGUUGUUUAACAGUUUGCUGGAGACGUGGUUCCCGUUAACAGAACCACCAAAGGCCUUCCUUGUUGACACCAGCGAAGAAGCAUUGCUUAUACCUGAUUGGCUUAAAUUAAGAAUGAUCAGGAGUAAUGUCCCGCGGUUAGUUGAUGCUGCAUUGAAGGACCUUGAGCCUCAGCAAUUAGUACUUUUCAUACAAAGUUUCGGGAUACCUGUGUCUUCUAUGAGUAAGCUGCUGCAUACGUUGGACAAUGGUGUCCAAAUAGACCCAGGAUCAGUCGGUGAAGCUGUACUGGACAAAACAUAUAUGGCACAGUUGGUCCAAGUGCAACACAGAAGAGGCGCAACGGGCGGCCUGGUUUUUGUCCAAGUGUUGCAACUAAUAGAGCCGCAAUUGCCCGACGAGAGCAUCUUGACCAUACAGAAGCUGCAGAAGCCGUUGCCGCCGAGCGCCACGGUGCAGAAGCAAUCAGUGAUACAGUGCUCCGUCAAGACUGAUGUACCUCACUUGAUAAAUCGGCUGUUCAUCGAGAAUAUCCCCAUGAAUCAGAAAAUGGACGCGUACAGGCGUCUUCACAAGAUCCUGUCGAAGGAUCUACAACGCUGCGGGAAGGAGAGCGGCGCGGUGGUGCUGGCGAUACAACAUAUAUGCAGCGUGUUGAGCUCUAUGCAGGUCAAACAAUUCUUGACCUCGCUCGUGCAUAUACGACAUUGUUCGUGCAAUUUAAUGCGCAUGAUACUCUUUCCGCUCAAAAAGCCAAUGAUGUCGCAACACAUACUUGAUUUGGCACGUAAUAUGUGCUUAAACCUGAUAUCGUUGAUAGGCGAUGUGAAGGCGCCGGUGCUCUCGAUCCUCCGGGAUUUCGCCAACGUGCAAUUGACGAAGACGUCGCAACGUACGGAAUUGUUGAGGUUGAUCCAGAAUCAUGAAAAUCCUGGUUCGAUGUUGGAAAGCACGGACCCUGUGAAUCUAGAGGAUGUAGGCCGCAGAUUGCUGGAUCUUUGUCUCAAACAGCAGAAGAACGACGUCUUGGUCGAAGCGAUGGCGAAACUAUUAGUCAGUGAUAGUAACGAAGGUGCGUUGAAGCCUCGUACGGGCCUGUUGAUUGAUUGGUUGGCAUCGGUAGAACCCGAAUUAAUUGGUACUUGUCCCAACCUACAAAUGAAACUUUUGUUUGGAAAGACGAAAGUACGUAUUGUUAUCGACGGAAGUGUCACGAGCUCUCAUUCUUGCAGACCAUAUUUGUUGACUUUGUUGACACACAGAGCCAGCUGGACCACUUUACACAAAUGUGUUCAGCAUUUGUUAAGUAAAUGCGACGACGGAUACGAUCCAACUGCUGUAUUGGAUUUCUUAUGGGCGUUAACAUGUAAUCCAAAAUUAUGGCAAGGUAGAGAUAAAUUCACACCGAAACAUUAUGUCCCGGAAAAUAUUUUGCUUCUGCAACAACAACAGUUACUUAACUUAGUGGCGUACAUAGUGGCUGAAGCUAUCAGUAUUUGCAAUAUGCAGAACAGGAACGCAGCUCUUGCUAAGAUGUAUGUAAGACUAGAUCUAUUACUACAUUGCAUAUCCGUUGAAAAUCACUUGAUCGCCAGUGUGGUUAUAUAUUUAGCAGAACGCAUGAUGGGUAAUAGCAGCGUAGAUUCAGAUAUGACUCAUCAAUUUCUGUUGCACAUGUACAUGAAAAUUCCUAAAGUCAUCUGUUACCUGAGCAUUUGCCAAACGAACAAAUUCGUCAAUGGAGCAAAAAUAACCGAUUGGGUGGGCUCAGUGCUCGAUUGCAUGAGCCAUUCUUUGUUGACAGCUUUGGCAGCAACGCCCAGACAAAAGUCUUGGAACUCCAAAUCCCAAGAGUUCGAACUGUGUGCUAGAAAAAUGGCAGCAGUACAUCCGAUAUUAGUGUUACGACAAUUGCCGAUGUUAGCGUCUUCCUUGAUGGGAAGAUGUUAUCUUGAUUUCGGGCAAUUUCGCACAGGCCACCAUUUGAAUCUCUUCACGCAAGUAAUGGGUCUGCUCGAGCUUUUGCAACCGCAUUUGUUUACAGAAGAACACGAAAUUUCGUUGGAGAAUAAUUUGGAGAAUUACUUCCAAUGCUUUCAAAAUUAUGGACCUAUUAAGGAUCUGAUACCUUUGCUCAACAGAUUCGUGUCGUUAUUACAAUCCUACAUCACACACGAUCCACAACGGGCAAUGAGAUACUUACAAAAACAUGCACAUAUCCUGCACGAAUUGCAAGUGCAUUAUCCUAAUUUAACUGCUUUGAGAGUACUCGUAUCGAGUAUACCUGUGCCGAAAGAAGGAGACGACGCGGAUGAUAUCCCAAUCACUAUAGCUCCCACACUUUCACCUGCCGAAUCAGUUUUCCCACAGCAUUGGCAGUCAUUGUUGGCCACUCUUACGAAGUUGCAUGGUGAAGAUGUAUUCAACGCACUUCAGGAGAUCGAGCAUUUAUCAUCACGGAAACCUUUAGUUUUGGAGCCCAUAAUGGAUAAUAUAGCAGAGUUGUUGGUAUCUCCACAGGGUAAUAUUAGAACUCUAGCGCAUACUCUCCUUGCCAGAGUACUGAAACAUCGUCCUUUGCCAAACGCGAACAUAUUAUCGGCAUUCCAGCGGUGUUUGGAUAGUCAUAGAGCGGAUGUUCUUCUAUCAGCUCUGGAAAAACUACCAGACAUUGUGCUAUGUAUGCAAGAACAUGCUUUACCAUUGAUGAAAAAGGUGUUCGAAUUGGGAGUAAAUUCGAAUGUCAACACUAUACCUUUCAUCAUUAAAGCUAUUGCUCUAUUAAACACGCAACAAGGUUGUUGAGGCUCUUAAGUAAAAUAAGAUAAAAAGAAAUGUAUAGAGAGAUUUAAAAUAAUAUAAAUAAAAUAAAUAUUUUUGUAAGAAUAUUUCACUUGAAAGAAUAUUUCAGAUUGCACAAAUAUGCUUUGGUAAUCUAAAUUCUUUUGUAUAAAUUUAUAUGACAUAUAAGAAUUUUGACCACAUAUUUUUUCAUUUCUGACAUUAUGAAUCAAGAGUUCCACGGUAAAUUCAC